AGGCUAUCGAUAAAUAUCAGAUAUUGGUCACACUGAUUCAUAAGCGACCAGCUAAAUUAACCGAGUUUUUUGGACAAAGACGUUAAACACACAAAAGUGCAGCUGGCUCCUGGUUGCAUUCACUAAAUUGAAAGAGUAUUAAUCACCAAUAUCGGCAUUCGGCAGCUAUCCACGCCACAUCACCCCACAGACUCCAACACUCCAUCACUUCAGCACUCCGGCACUUGAAGCACCCAAUCACAAUCAAGAUGUCAUCCCGCAAAACCGCCGGACGUCGCGCCACCACCAAGAAGCGUGCCCAGCGCGCCACCUCCAAUGUGUUCGCCAUGUUCGAUCAGGCCCAGAUCGCCGAAUUCAAGGAGGCCUUCAACAUGAUCGAUCAGAACCGUGACGGUUUCGUCGAGAAGGAGGAUCUGCACGAUAUGCUCGCAUCGCUGGGCAAGAAUCCCACCGAUGACUAUCUGGAUGGUAUGAUGAACGAGGCGCCCGGUCCGAUUAACUUCACCAUGUUCCUUACGCUGUUCGGUGAGCGGCUGCAAGGCACCGAUCCCGAGGACGUGAUCAAGAACGCCUUUGGAUGCUUUGACGAGGAGAACAUGGGUGUACUGCCGGAGGAUAGGCUGCGUGAGCUCCUCACCACCAUGGGCGAUCGUUUCACAGACGAAGAUGUGGACGAGAUGUAUCGGGAGGCGCCUAUUAAGAACGGCCUGUUUGAUUAUUUGGAAUUUACACGCAUCCUGAAGCAUGGCGCCAAGGAUAAGGAUGAGCAGUAGAUAAAAUUUAUUUAUCCGGUUCAGCCUUUCCGAGCUAUCCAUCAUGAGUUUCGUUUUUUGAUAAUUUAAUAAUUUUUUUUUACCAUCACUCCUUCCAAUUUGAUUCCUGUACUUACCUGUGCAUUUAAAUUAAAAACAAAACAAAACAAACUUUAAAAAAAAAAUAAGUAAUGGUUAUGUACGAUAGUUUAGUGCGUGAACAAGAGCCUGAUAACACGAUUUCCCCGAAAAAUCCUUUCAUAAGUAUUAACUCAUUGAAUAUACAUAUAUAUUACCUAUAUACAAAUACAUACUUAUAUACAAGAAUGUGGCAAUAAAGUUUGUUUUUCUCACCAUUGUA